GCUGCUGCUGCGCCGCACGCUGCUAACACCGCUGCUUCUGUCAGCGUCGACGCCAACUGAGCUGGUCGUCGCGCUGCUGCCGAUGUAAAAUUUUAUUACCCCAAAACGCAUCCAGCAGUCGGGUUUUGGACGUCCGGACUACACCGCCGCCUCGCUGAGACAGACGACUUUUAUUGCAAUUCUCUCGCCCAAGCGGCGAAAAAGCGGCCCCAGACCCAGAGGCCAACCUCUUUUUAGAGAAACUAACGGACGGAGACAGCGAUACGGAGAUACGCAGAAACGUAGACACACGAAGAGCAGCAAAGAAAGCACGGAGAACACAAAAGAAACCACGGAGAAGCACGGAGGCCACAGAGACAUUUCAAACUUUUGCGCGGCAUCAAAGUUACGACAAAACAACAAAAAAAAAAAACAAAAAACUUUUCCAAACUACGCGCAAAACUAAAAUCAACUCUUCCGGAGGUCGUGCUGCUUAUAGACUAGUAGCCCCAGCCCCAGCCCCUUCUUCCGAUCCACAACACCCUCUUCCCCCACACCCCUUAGCACCCGAUUUUGAAACAGUGCAGUGCAAACAAUAAAUAAGAAACAAAACGAACAAAAACAAACCGAAAUAUAGUGGCAACAACAAUUGUCCCAAAAAGUGGAAAGUUCGCGGCCUAAUUGAUAUUGCGUAUACGCCUCCGAUGCCGCAAAAUUUGUGCACGCUCCAUCGGCCGAUCUACCAAGAAGAACUUUAAACUGUUAAAUCCCUGAAGACGUCGAAGCGGCGUGCCGCAGCCGAACCGUUGAAAAAUUCAUACAAAUUUGAACCAACCAAACGAACUGGCUUAGAGCAGUAGAGCCACCCACAAGAUGGCGCUGUCCAAGCGGCCACUCGCCAAGGAUACGCCUUUGGCAGAGAGCAACAGCAACAACCACAACCACAGCCACAGUCACAGCCACAGCCACAGCGGUGGCAACAGCAUCAACAACAGCAGUGAUCUGGAGACGACAGCUAUCAAGCGCCGGAAACGUUGCAGUCGCGAUGAGGAUGCGACACUCAACAACAACAACAACAACAGUAAUAGCAACAAUAACAACAUAUUGCCACAAAAGAAACGAAAACAGGGCCCCAUACUGGAUAGCCCCGAGAGUCCACCUCCGACAAGCGUCCACACUGUCGGAACAGUAGCCGCCGGAAUAGCCAAGAUGACAGCUCCGGGCGGCGCCGCCGAUGCUGAUCAGGAUGAUGAGACACUCAUACGGGAGACGCAGGCGGCAUUGAAGAGUCUGUCCGGUAGCUGGCCCGAUGCCCGGGCCAAUCUGUACAGAUUGCAGGAGCAGGACGAGAAUCCACCGCCCUUCCAGAAUCUCUUCGAAGAGAAACAAAAGUAUGAGGCCAUUGCACCCAGAACUCCCACAACAACUGCAACUGUAUCCAUGUUUCCACGUUUCCACAGACAGAAGGAGAAUGACCAGGCCCGCCUCAAUGCCGGCGCCACGCUCGAGGAUCGCGAGCGGGGCAAGAAGCUGGCCCCGGUCACAGCAACUGGCACAGCUCUGGGUGGUGGACCAGACGACAUGGAUCUGGAGGAGGCCGCCAGCAAUGUGUACGCCCAGGCCGCCUCGGCCUUCAAGCCGCCCAUCGACUUCAUCAAACGCAACUAUGCGGCCGCUGCCCACGCCCACGCCCAUGCCCAGGCCCAGGCCCAUGCCCAUGCUCACUACACGACAAGCGCCUACAAUGCGUCCGCAGCAACAGAGUCCGCCGCCGGAUUGGCCUACUAUGGCUAUGCGGCAGCCGCCGCCGCCAGUCAACAGCAGCAGCAGCAGCAUCAACAGCAUCAGCAAUUGAGCCUGGAGCCGACUCCAUUGCCACCACGGGCCGCCUUUGACAUAGCCAGCCAGCUGGGCGAAAAGCCUUCAAAGACCAGCAAGGAGCCGCUGUUGGGAGCAUUGCCAGGAACGGGCACAGGUCAUGGUGGGUCCCAGGUGGAUGCCAAACAGUAUACGAUCCUGCAGCCGGCAGGCGUGGGCAGUCGGGCAGCCUCAGUGAUGCAGGACAUUGCCCGGGAGGGUGUUGUCGGUGUACCUCUGGUUGCCACUCCACCAUCCACGAGUAGUCCGCCAACAGCAGGAGGAACAGCAGCAUCGACAGCAUCAGCGACAGCGACAUUGACAUCGACAUCGACGCCGGCGCCUAGCUACUCGCCGGGCAGCCAGAAUCGCGCGGAUUUGGAGAAGCACGAAAAGGAGCUGCAUCCAUUGGAUAAACUGAAGAUCGCCUCCAGUCACUAUCUGAACAACAACAAUACCAGUUGCAUCAACAACAAUAACAAUAACAACAAGCUGAGUGCAACAACAAUGCCCAUUAUCAAAUCGGAGUACAGUCCUGUAGCGAGCAUCAAAUCGGAGUACAACAAAAGCCCAAUGCACUCAUAUCUGGCCAACGAUGCAGCCGGCCCCGGGCCCGGCCCCGCCUCCAGUGUGACGGCCAGCGCAUCCACAACACCGGGCACCGCUCGCACCGCAUCCGGCGGUGGGGCAACUAACGGUGGUGGCGGUGGCGGUGGCGGUGGCACAACCUCCUCCAAUGGUGGCGAUGCCAAUCUGCAUGCCCCGCACCUGAAUCGCUUUGUGGGCAUGCAGAGUCCUCCCCACCCACAGAGCCACCACUCACACGCCCACCACGUACAGCAGCAGCAGCAGCAGCAGCAACAGCAGCAGCAACACACACUCCACCAGCAGCGCGGACCCUUUAUAAACGAGGGCAACGACGGUCCCGAUCCUUCUGCCAGCUACCACACGGAGCACCAGCAACAGCAGCAACAGCAGCAACAGCAACAGCAACAGCAGCAGCAGGCCGAGGAGCGGCAGUACGAGCAGAUGCGCUACGCCGUGGGCGGUGAGCUGCUGAGUAGCAAUGGGGGAGCCAAUGCCAGCGAACUGUCGCCUGGAACGGCGAGGAGUGCCUACGAGGCGCAUCCCCAUCCGCAUCCACACCCACAUCCGCAUCCACAUCCGCACCCGCCCACCUCGCUCAGCUCCCUCAGCAGCGCAUCGGUGGGGGUGGGGGCGCCCGCCUUUGCCACAGUUGACUCCGUGUCGGCGGUGACCGUUUCGACUGGGGCCGGCGGCUUCGAGCGGUACGACCCCAACUGCUGUCCCAAUGGACAGCGCCAGGUGGCGUCUGUGGCGGGCGUGGCAGCUGCCUCAGCAUCGGCAGCGGCGGCGGCGGCAGCCUAUCACUAUCUGCCGCAAAGCGCCGACGAUCUGCAGGUGCAGCAGCAAAAGUAUCUGCAGGAGCAGCAGCUUAUGUUGGCCAAGGCCGAGCACGAGGAACAGUUGGCCAAUGGCGGCGGUGCGGGGCCGAUAUAUCCACGGCCCAUGUACCACUACGAUCCCACCAUGGGCCCCCUGCCGCCGGGCUUCUCCGCCAUCAAUCUGUCCGUGAAAAUGGCCGCUGCCCAAGCGGCCGCCGCCGCAGCCGCCUAUCAGAACCAGCAGCAGCAGCAACAACAGCAGCAACAGCAACACCACCAGCAGCAGCAGCAGCAGCAACAGCAGCAACAGCAGCAGCAGCAACAGCAGCAGCAGCAGCAACAGCAGCAACAGCAACAGCAGCACGGCAAACAGAGCUCCUCGCCCACCCCGAAUGUGGGAGGCGUGCCAGCGCCAGCGGUUGACCUAUCCGGAUCCACAUCGGUGACCUCCUCCAGUCCGCACGGUUUCAAUUCACCAGCCUCCCACAACCAAUACAACCAGCGCAUGGGCAACGGCAGCCCACAGCCGGGCGCCAGCCCCAAUAUAGCCAGCCCCCAGGUGCCCAGUCCGCAGGGACAGACCCUGGACCUCAGCGUCACCAGACUCCCACACAGCAUCAUCACCAGUCCCCAGUAUGGGGCCGAUGGCCUUGUCGUGGGCCAUGCCCAGGGAUUUGGCAGCGGAGCGCCCGGCGGAGCUCUGGGCCCCAACGGACCGCCGCGCUCCCCACAAAUGGAGCCCGUCGAUUUCAGCGGCCCGCCGCGACCACUAGGCUUCGGACUGGUCGGACACAUCAGUGGACCGCGGCCCUACAGCCGUGAAUCCACGCCGGACAGCGGCGGUUCACACUACAUCGAGACGUACAGGGAUCCCAGCGGAUACUCGCCACAUCCCGGAUACGGCAUGGUGGUGCAAUCGGACUAUCCACCGGCUGGCUAUCAUGGCUAUGGCCCAGCCGCGUAUCAGUGCAGCAAUCCGUAUGCGACGGCGGUAGGACCCGGCGGCUAUCCGACGCCCGUCUCCGGCGGCUAUUCACCAAGCCCGGCCACCUGCUACUCGAUGCCACCGCCGCAGCACAUACCGCAGCACGACAAGACCAAGGACGGAUUGACGGGCUGCUCGCGUUCCGACCGGAAUCAUCUGCAAUCGCACUCGCAGGAGCUCAAGUGCCCCACGCCCGGCUGCGAUGGCUCUGGCCAUGUGACCGGCAACUACUCAUCGCACCGCAGCCUCUCCGGAUGUCCACGGGCCAAUAAACCCAAAAGCAAGCCGCGCGAUGGCCAGGACUCGGAGCCGCUCAGAUGUCCCAUACCAGGAUGCGAUGGCUCCGGUCACUCCACCGGCAAGUUUCUCUCCCACAGAAGUGCUUCGGGCUGUCCCAUAGCAAAUCGGAACAAGAUGAGAGUCCUGGAGGCUGGGGGCACUGUGGAGCAGCACAAGGCCGCUGUGGCUGCUGCCACAGCUAUGAAGUUCGAUGCCUGCACCACUGUGGGUGGCCAGGGAAUCAAGAAGCCCAAAUUCGAUGAGGUCACCAUGGUCUAUCCCAAGGGUUAUACAGGAGGAAGCGGCCUGGACAUUGUCAUGAGCGGCGUGGGCAGCACUGGGGUCGGCGUUGGAGGCCUUGGACUCAACGUUAAUGUUGGCCUUGGAGUCACCAGCAGCAGCAACAACAGUGCCCACAGCAGUCUCAGCAGCAGCAACAACAGCAACGGCAACGGCAACGGUGGCAACAACGAGAAGAGCGGAGGAGCGGCGGCAGCAUCCGGCAAUGGUAGCGACGAUCUAAACACCCUGGAGGCGGAGAUCUCCGAGCUGCAGCGGGAGAACGCCCGUGUCGAAUCGCAGAUGAUGCGACUCAAGUCCGACAUCAAUGCGAUGGAGUCGCAGCUGAGCACCAGCGAUCGGGAGGCUUCUCCAUUGAGCGGCCAUCAGCAACAGCAGCGCUCCUCCAAUGUGGCCAUGGCUUCGCCCAGCGGUCAAUCGCCCUUCGCCAGCGUUAGCUCCACCAGCGGUACCGGCACAGGUGCCGCAACCAGCUCCAGCAACAACAACGGAAGCAACGAUCUGGGCCACUCGAUCAGCAGUCUGACGCCAGGCACCGGCCACAGCAACCCAAACACGAAUGUCGGUGGCAUGAUGUCGCAUGCACCGGUGGACGGGAGCGUGGCCCCGCCCAAUGCCAAUCUAAACAACUACUACGAGAGUUUGCGCAACAACGUGAUCACGCUGCUGGAGCAUGUGCGCCUGCCACCGCCACCGGCACCGCCCACUUCGGUCUCUGUCUCGGCCUCGAUCGCCGGCGGUCAGUUGGUGGCGGGCCAUGGCCUGGACAGUGUGUGCGCCGGGGGUCAACUGAUAGCCGGCAGCGGCGGAGAUCACGCCACGGCCUACUCCACAUUGCUGCCGCCGCCGCCACCGCCGCCAUCGGCCAGCAGCGGUAAUAUUGGUGGCGGAAUGUACGGUCAUCAGGGUGGGACGGGUACUGGUGGUGGCCCGCCACCGUGUCCACCGCCGGUGCCGCCGCAUCAUGCCUAUACCGUGCAUCAUCCCGUCAGCUAUGCCCACCCACACUCGCAUCCGCACGGACAUCCGCACGGCCAUCCGCACGGUCACCCGCACCCGCAUCCGCACGAGCACUUCGACUCUUACAUCUCCAAGCUGCAGUCGCUCUGCGUUCCGCCCGAUGUCUAUGCCCUGCCCGAUGACGCCGAUCGGACCGUCUACAAUUCGGUGAAGCCAAGCAUGCACCAGGACUACGGCAAACUGAUGCCGACACCCAUCUAAACGAGGAGGAUAUCAAACUAACAGCCGGUAUCCAGCCGAUGUUCCAUCCCGUCCAGGGUUCGUGAGUGUGUAUAUAUACUACCCAAAGAGUGGAGAAAACAGACUAUAUGUAAGAAUUGUGGUGUGGGGUAUUGGGUACAGAUGCUUUAACCUGACGAACGAGGCAUCUCCCGAGCCCAAGGAUCUUUAUACAUAUAGCGCAUGGAUAUCUGUAGAGAUCUACGUAUAUAGCGCGUGCUCCUGGAAAACGGACAGAUCCUUUUCCUAGUGUUAGAUUGAGCUGUUGCACAUCCUAUAUCCUAGACGCUUUCGUCGUGUUGAUAGAAACUGUAUAAAGUAUUGAAACCUAAUGAAAAAAAAAAACAAAAAUAAUAAGUGUGUAAUAAUAUUAAUUCAUAAUACGAUUUACGAUUAACAAAUUUUUUUUUUGUCUGUAUCAAAUACUAAAAGAAAACUAGAAGUUAUAGAAGCAUACAUAAAUAUAGAAGUAGGAGUUUAACAACGUACAUAUAUGUUAAUUGUAGGGCAUUUGUUUGGUGUUGAUGUCUUGGUCAAUUUUUUGCAUACAAAAUGGAUAAUGUUCUUAAAUGUUUAAUCAACCCCUCCACCCACACACACACACGCAAAAACCCCACCCCACCCCAGCCCUAAACCCCAAAGACCGAGUUCUAGUCCCUCAAAGUAAGUUUAGUUUAGAGAAAAAGUCAAACACCAAAAUGUGGAGAUAAAAUGAUAUAAUAAAAAACAUAAACGAGAAAAUAUAUUCAAUACUAAAGUAUAGAGGAUGUAAUCGUGUUACAAUUUUUUUUUUUUUUUGUAAUAUUGAAUAUGAAAGGGCAAAUGUGUGUGUAAUAUCAA